AUGUCAGGAUCAAACAGAACAGAUAACGAGGAUCAUGUAACAGGACCAUUGAGUGAUUUGGCUUCUUCAACAGCAGUAGAGCCCUCAAUUCUCUCAACUACAUCAAAACCACCAGCACCUUCAACGCUUAAAAAUAAUUCUUCCCUAAAAAAUAAAAUAAGGAGAUUUCUGUUCCCGUUAUUCCUGUUAUUUGUUGAUAUCGGUUUACCACUUCUCCUAUAUUUUAUUCUUUCAAAACAUAUACCCAAUAUUUGGGCACUAAUCAUAUCAGGUAUCCCGCCUAUUGUUUCUGUUAUUCUUAAUUUUAUCAUUCGCAAGCAACCCAACGCCGUUGGAAUCCUCGCAAUAGUCGGUUUCAUUGCUGGACUUAUAUUGUCUUUGUUUCAAGAUGAUCCAAAGUUAUUCUUAUUACGAGAAUCAUUUAUUACUGGUGUAUUUGGUUUAAUAUUUAUUGUCACUUUAAUUCCGAUAAAAAUCGGCACCUUCCAAAUGCGUCCCUUAUUAUAUUAUAAAUUUAAGAAUCUUGAACUUGGUAAUCUUAAAGGUUUAACUGAAGAUGAGCCUAUUUCUGAACGAUAUGAGAGAUAUUGGAGAUCUGAACCUUUAUUUCGACGUACAUUUAUCGUUAUGAACGCUGUUUGGGGUUUUGGUACACUUAUUGAAGUUCCUAUCCGUAUUAUAAUUAUUUACAAUACAAAAACUGUUGAUGAAGCUGUUUAUAUUGGACAUAUUGUUUUUAAUA